GAGAGUCUCUCGGGAGGCUGGAUUAGCCACAAGUUGUGGUGAACCAGGGUAAAAUUCGGUGUGCCUCUUACUCUUCUCUUUACUUCUCUUUUAAUUUUUUAAUUCCUGCGAUUUCUACGAUCAAACGCUAUUCACCCCCCCUCUAGCGUUGGUCUAUUAUUCUAACAAUUGAUAUCAGAGCCUAACUCGCGUCCAAACUUAACCAUUUGAGAGUAAAGCGAUCAUGGGUUCUUCUUCUAGAAAUCUCUAUGCAGGAAUUGGAGAAGGUCAGUCUACGUCUAGGCCACCACUCUUUGAUGGCACCAACUAUUCCUAUUGGAAGGAACGGAUGAGAAUCUAUAUUCGUUCCACCAACUUCCAAUUAUGGUUGGUCAUCAAAAAUGGAGAGCAAAUCCCAAUGAAGAAAGUAGGAGAAACCACGGUCCCAAAAACCGAGGACGAAUUUGAUGCCGAGGACAUCAAAAAGGUGGAGAACUACACCAAGGCAAUCAACAUGCUGUACUGUGCCGUCAAUCCUGAUGAUUAUCGCAAGAUCUCUUGCUGCACCACUGCAAAAGAAAUGUGGGAUAAGCUGGAAGUCACAUAUGAAGGAACGGAUCAAGUUCGGGAAGCCAAAAUUGACUUCCUAACGCAGGAGUACGAGAUGUUUAGAAUGAAGGAAGACGAGAAGAUCGACGACAUGUUUGACCGAUUUUCCAAGAUAGUCAAUGAUCUUCACGCAUUAAAGAGGACUUACACCAACAAGGAUCUUGUGCGAAAAAUCCUGCGAAGUCUCACACCCGAAUGGAGAUCAAAGGCAGAUGCAAUCUAUGAAUCCAUCGGAGUCUCAAAUAUCACCAUCGACGGGUUAAGAGGUAAUCUCAAAACUUAUGAAUCUACUAUUCUAACCCCAUCUUUGGAUGAACAAAAGAAGAAGGGAAUAGCGCUGAAAGCAACCAAGGAGACCAUGGAAGAAGCUUCAAGCGAUGACGACAACGAGUUCGGACUCGUCAUCAAGAAAUUCCAAAAAUUCAUGAAGAAGGAAUUUGAACGGAAAGGAAGAAAGCACGACGGUCCCCCAAAGUGCUAUGGCUGUGGCGAGAUAGGCCACAUCAAGCCAAGAUACUCCGGCGACGAGUCAACUGAUCAAGAAGAGGAGGAAGCCACCAACCUCUCCCUCAUGGCGCAUGAAGAUCAAACCGACGACAUUCAAGAGUCCAAGGCGUCCAAGAAGAAAGGUCCGGCCGAGGCAACGUCUUCAGUGCCUCAGCCCUUUCUGUACCUCGACGGAUCCUUUCUUGAGUUCGGAUCGGAGGAAGAACUCACGCGCUUCCUCAAUCACUUUGCCAAACGCCCGAUCUCUCCGCCUCGUGUGCUACCGGAGCUGUAUCCCCAAGACAAAGGGUACCACGACCUCGACAAUCAACUCAAAGAGUCGGGUUUGUGGCCCUUCGUCUCCAAGAGCCGCACCUCCUACAAUCCCGCCUAUGUCCGGGCCUUCUACUCAUAUCUGCGCCGUGACGGGGACACCAUCUAUAGCAGCAUCAAUCUCUACGACAUAGAGCUUGAUUUGCCUACCUUUGCUCGGGUCGCAGGGCUGCCCAUCCGCGGUGACGACAUCGCGACGUACGGUGGCGACGAUUGGAUUCUCAACAACGAGGCGGUCGUCAUUCACGAGCUUGAGAUCACCAACUUAAUCCGCCACAGCGGUGCGCCGACGAUCCACUCGGCCCCACCGGACAAGUGCCUCCUUCUCUACAUCAUCACCCGGAUUCUUUGCCCCCGGGACAGCAACCACACCUCGCUCUUCAACGAGGACUUAAAGGCGAUUCAUGCCAUCAUGCACGGCGCCUCCAUCAACUGGGCGAAAUUCAUCAUGAUUCACAUGGAGGAUUGCGCCUCCAUCACCACCGAGCGGAGCUUGCCAUACGCCUUCCUCGUCAUGGACCUCAUCGUCUCCGCCAACAUCCACAUCGCCGGGCCAAGCACGAAGAUGACGAAGCUGUGGGUCAUCGCCGACACCACCAUCAAGAAGAAUUUCGGAGACAAAGACGGCGCCGCCCGUGCCCCUGCCCCCGAUCCCGCCCGGGCCUUGUUGCAGUCCAUAGCCGACACCCUAAAUCGGCUAACCCUCACGGUGGACGAAAUGGAGCAGUACAUGGAGCGGAUGCCUAGACUCUUCCCUUCUUUCCUUUUUUUAAAUAUGAUUGUAAAGCCUUGGUCCAACAUCAACACAAGGCAGAACGAUCUUACCCAGCGAUGGGGACUUUACCCCAUCGAUAGGAAUCCAGCGAUGGGAAGGCUUAACCAUCGCUGGGAAGGCAUGACCGUUGGAAGUCAUUUAAGGUUGAUUCUUUCCUUGUUUGGAAGUCAACCUCCCACCCAGCGAUGGGAAGCUUGUACCCAUCGAUGGGUAGGUGACCGUUGGCUUCAAAACUGAAGGAAAAUUGGUCUACCAGCGAUGGGUAGAAACCAUACAUCGCUGGGAAGCCAAUAUCCUACAGAUCCACAAUUUAUUCAAUCCCAUAAAUCAAGCCAAUCACCCCUUUAAUGUAUUGGUCCGUUGGAGCCUAUUUUGGCACUAUAAAAAGGGGUGUUUGGG